GUUUUUUUUGAUUUCGGAUUAGACGUAAUUUUGGAGACCUUCAUCGAAAACUACCAAGAAAGCACCCUUCCCAAUCUCUUAGAAUCGAUCGAAAAUUUAUCGAGACACAUGUAUAUGUGCUUCAAAAUGACCAACCCCGCCGUUUUAAACGGCCUAAUCAAAAUGAUUAAGAACCCCUCGAUUUCCGCGGUCCCUUACGGCGAGUUAGUUUUAAAAACUUUACACCGAUUUUUUAAAUGUAACCCGUUAACCGUUGAGGUGAUUUGCACCACUGAAGGAUUGGAGGAUUUAUUGGAGUCUUUUUAUGUUUAUGCGAAUUUAAGCGAAUUAACCCAAAGCGGUUUUGACACAUUUUUGGAGAUCAUCCAGUUCAUAGUGCGCUCUAGAUUCGUUAAAAAGCUCCAAUACAUUUCUUUUUACGAUGUCACAACGAGAUUAUUUUGCUCCGAUAAAGAAUACGUCGUUGAGAGGGCGCUAAAAAUCGUGCAAGAACUUGUUAAUUUUGGGGAAUAUCGCGAUUAUUUCCUUGCUAAAGGAGGAUUAAAGUUAAUUUUUAACCUGUUAUCUUCGACUAGUUACACGGUUAUUUAUGGGUUAUUGUUGGUAAUCAAAUUUUUUGUUAAAUUCAAAAAAUCCGCGUAUUAUUUCGUGGAUAAAGGAUUAAUUGGGAGAUUAAUCGAGCUCAAUGAAAACUUAAAAUCAAAAACGGUGCUUUGCGAAGAGAUUUUGGACACCCUCUACGACAUGUGCUUAACGAUCAAGUUCUUUUACACCGACCAUUUAAGCGUGAGCGAUAAAAUUAGGGACCAAUUCUAUUUAAUGCCCGAUGAUUUACUAAGAAACGAGAAACACGUCGAAAUAAACGAAUUAACCACCGAUCAACCCAUUUAUUACGUCCAAUUCGGCUCGAUUUUAAAGUUCAAAUCGGCCAAAUUAAAGUUGUUGCGAAACGAUAAAGAGAAAAAACCACAAACGAAGACUGAAAAUGAAAAAGAGACCUCAACAACGCGCUGUUUAAGCAUCGUCCCUUCGUUUUUAGCGUUCAAAUUCGUACAAGAGUUAAACAAGGAACCGAUUGAGCACAUCUCGAACCAAAAUAAGCAUCGAAAAAAAUGCGAAGAUGUUAAAUUGGGGGAUUACAUCCGCGAAAUUUACCAAGAAUUAAACUUUGGGAAGCUCCAAAAAGUUAAAAAGCAAGAAAAAAUUUCUUACAUUGCUAAAUACGUCGUUGAAAGUUUGAAUGAUUUUAAUCGGAACGAGCCGAAUAAGAGGCAUUCGCUAAAAAUGCAUUUAAUUCAUUUAAAAGAUGUGCUAAAAAGUAAUUUUAUUCCAAUCGGGUAUUUGAGAAUGGGAUUAUCGCGAGAACGAGCUCUCCUUUUUAAGGUUAUUUGCGACCAAGUUGGGGUUCCGGUGACUUUGAAUCGACACAAAAAUGGGGUGUUGUGGAAUGGGUUUACCGUGAUUAAAUCCAACCCGAGGACGUGCUCGGAGGCGGUGAUUUCGGUGGAUUUUUUGGUGGAUUUGAUGGCGAAUGUUGGGGAAAUUAUCCCGGUUAAUACGCCUUAUUGCGAUAAGUAUUUCGAGUAUUUCUCAAAUUAUUAAAUUCUUCUUU